AUGUUUGAAACCUUCAAUGUCCUUGCCAUGUAUGUUGCAAUUGAAGCAGAGCUAUCCCUUUAUGCUAGUGGGCAUACUACAGGCAUUGUGCUGGAUUCUGGUGAUGGAUUUAAGAGUGUGCACCCGUUCACCAUAACUGCUGGACGGGAAAUUGUUCAUGACUUCAAGGGGAAGCUUGCAUAUUUGGCCCUUGGUUAUGAGCAGGAACUUGAAACUGCUAAAAUCCUAUUUCAACCAUCACUCAUUAGCAUGGAAGCACCUGGAAUUCACAAAAUCACAUGCAAAUUGAUCAUAAAAUGUGAUGUUGAUGUCAGGAAAGACUUGUAUGGUAACAUAGUGCUGAGCGGUGGGUGUACCAUGUUUCAUGGAAUAGCUAAUCUGAUAAGGAAGUAG